AUGGUCCUUCCACGCCUCGGAUCCCUACACCUGGCUAAGAGGUUCACCCAUUCAAGUUCAAGGAGUGCACCGUAUCUACUUUUUCCGCUACAGCUACAAGAACUUCUCAACCGCGAAGAAAAUGUGAAGGUGCUUGAUGCGACCUGGUUCAUGCCAAAUUCUCCAAGAAACGGACGCGAAGAAUUCCUUGCGAAACACAUCCCGAAAGCUCAGUUUUUGGAUCUCGACGCGGUCGCGAGUCCUCAUCCCCUCGGGUUGAAGCACAUGUUACCGUCAGAGGCUACGUUCGCGACAGCUUGUGAAAGCUUCGGUAUUCGCGCAAACACUCAUGUAGUAAUUUACGACACACAUGGCGUCUUCUCUUCUCCCCGAGCCUUAUAUAUGUUCCGAAGCUUUGGGCAUUCCAACUCGAGCAUUCUUAACGGCGGUUUACCUUUCUGGGAAGUGGAGGGACUAUCGACAGAGAGUGGACAAGAGCAGCAGCCACAUACAACCCACUAUUCCAAACCUUCCCUCGAUACGAGCUCUGUGCGAAGCUAUGAACAAGUAGUCGAAAACGCGGAGCACGAUCCGUCGUCUCAGCAUGCAGAGGUUGUUCUUGACGCGAGGUCGCGGGGACGCUAUCUUGGAACGGAUCCCGAGCCUCGACCCGGACUCUCAUCUGGUCACAUUCCAAACUCGAUCGCUCUUCCUUUUCACGUGUUUUUGCAAACACACGAGGGACCAACAAGCUACACGACCGUUCGAUCCACCGCCGAUAUUCGAAGGGCGUUAAACGAAGCGGUCGGUUCUUCACAAGCGGAGUCCAUCAUUAACGGACAGAAAUCAGUUGUAACCACCUGCGGUAGCGGCAUGACGGCUGGCGUUCUAUGGCUUGGUUUAAAACUAUUGGGGGCACCGAAAGUCGGGUUAUACGAUGAGUCAUGGACUGGGUAUGCCUUGAGACCGACUAGCAAGAUAGUCAAGGAUAGGUGAACUGGUCCCAACCUCGACGCGAUACGUGU